AUAAAAUUAUCUGAAAUGUAAUUAAACUACCUUUAGUCCACCUGCAUGCAUCCACCCUUUAAAAACAACAUGGCAUGGCAUCCACCCUCUUUUACAAAAAUCUUUCUAUUAAAACCGAUAAAAACAAAUCAGUGUAAAUCCGUGGGUGGAUCAGGUUUUGCUUUUCCUAUCACCACCUUAAUUAAUGGAAUGAAUCAAAUAAAACGGUCAACGUCAUAGCCUCAUCGGCAUUCCAUCGAACGGCUGCCGGCUGCCGCAUCCAAACACUUUGAAUAAAAAAUCCUACAACUGUUGUUCUUUUCCUCCACCAACCACAACAUGGAGUCCGAACUCAGGGGCUUUAAUACGAAACCGUCUAAGACCCCACAACCCGACCCGACACACGACGAUGCCUCCUCCAGAGACGACCGCCCACUCCUCACAUCCGCCUCCAACGUCCUCGAGCUUGAGAAGAAAUGUGCUGCCUAUGUUCGCAACGACGUGUACGGUGCCAUGGGACGUGGGGAGCUCCUAUUGAUGGAGAAGCUGCAGCUUGGAAUAGCAUUCGUAACGCUCCUCCCUUUACGCACCAUAUUGGUGAUGACUGUUUUGGUCGUGUAUUACUUGAUUUGUAGAAUUUGUACUUUGUUCUCGGUCCCUAAUCAUGGGGAAGGGCAAGAGGAUUAUGCACACUUGGGCGGGUGGAGACGAACCGUGAUUCUCCGCUCCGGUCGGUUCCUGUCGAAGACGUUGCUUUUUCUUGUGGGAUUUUAUCGGAUUAACGAAACUCAUAAUGGUUCAAAAAAUUCCCAAGAGAACUCGAAGACUGCGGGUACCCUUCAACCCGAUGAGCCAGAACAACGGCCUGGAGCAAUUGUAUCGAAUCACAUUUCAUAUCUGGAUAUUUUAUAUCACAUGUCCUCUUCCUUUCCAAGCUUUGUUGCUAAAAGGUCAGUGGCUAACAUUCCUUUGGUUGGUCUCAUCAGCAAAUGCCUUGGUUGUGUCUACGUUCAGCGGGAGUCAAAAUCAUCGGACUUUAAAGGUGUUUCAGGUGUUGUGACUGAUAGAGUUCGUAAAGCUCACCAGGAUGAAUAUGCUCCAAAGAUACUGCUUUUUCCAGAGGGUACAACAACAAAUGGGGAUUACCUUAUCUCUUUCAAGACUGGUGCCUUUUUGGCAAGAGCACCUGUGGUGCCUGUUAUAUUGAAGUACCCAUACCAAAGAUUUAGUCCAGCCUGGGAAUCAGUAACAGGGAUGCGUCAUGUGGUUUUUCUUCUGUGUCAAUUUGUUAAUCACAUGGAGGUCACAUGGUUACCUGUCUACUACCCCUCGCAACUAGAGAAGGAUGAUCCAAAACUAUAUGCUAAUAACGUCCGAAGAUUAAUGGCCAGUGAGGGUAAUUUGAUACUAUCGGAUAUUGGACUGGCUGAGAAGCGAAUAUAUCUUGCUACACUCAAUGAGACAAAUCAAAGGGAUGGUUUCACUUUCCUCAUUGAACCCAAAAUGACGCCAUUUGCAGUUAUAUUGUAAAACUUAUUUAUUCAUUGAAAUUACAGCCAGUAGAUUCAGAUUUGAAUGUGCUUAUGCAAUUGCUUUAGUCAAAGAUCAGAUUAUCUGCUAUAAGCGACUCGAGGGCGUUUUUGUCUUAAGAUACACAUUAACAAGAAGUUUAUUUUUUGCCCUUAAAAACCUGUACGUAUAUAGUAACUAUGCAUUUUUAAUCUAAA